AUGGUCGCUCCCCACAGGGAUGUUGCCAGCUUCCUACAGACCGCCGAGCACCUGGCCUCCGCCCAGCGUGCCAUGCCCAUAGUGUACAACCCCCAGCCCUGGCAGUUCCUGUCGCGAACGAGCCCGCCCCAAAUCAUCUCCAAGGGGCCGCCUCCGCUGCCCCCUCAGUCUGUUGGGCCCCGGGUUGAGCCCCAGACGCCCAAUAAGCAGCAUGACGUGCACAACUACCAUGCGCCUGAUGGCUCGACCCGGAGCUCCAUGUCGGAUGCCUCGGCCGGGUGGGCCGACAGCUUCAGGGAGGCGCAGUUCAGCAACUCCAUGCUUUCCCAUGGGUUUGGGGACUUCUACUCUGAUGCCGACCUCUUCGUAGGUGAGGAGGAGCCGGGGGCUGGAGCAAGGGACUGA